GGUAGGACAUGGGACGUCUGAGUAUCAAGAGAUUAGUUUUCACUUGACUAGUCGCCAGCCUGAGCAUCUUUCAUCCCAGAGAAGGUGGUGGAAUGUUGCCAUUAUUUUCUCCUUGAGCCAGCACACGAGGGAGCACCGGAAACUUAGUUUUAGUUGAUUCUGCGGUGGAGCUAGUAUGUUUGUGGGUUAGGGGUUGGGGGUGGAGAGUGGUUUGUGUGGUGGGCUUGAAGGCGACUCCAGAGAUGUUCAAGUGCGAGGAUUUAUCUUCCCUAAGAUGGUUGCCAUCGGCGUCAUUAUGACUAUCAAAGUUAUCACAGAGAGAGGCUCAGCUUGGAAACCCCGGUACCUUAGAGUAACCGAGAGGCAUUUCUUUAAUUCCCUCGGCCUGGGACGACCAUCGAGAAGACCCAAUAGCUACAGAGGCCAAACCCCAGAGCAAUUGAAGCAAGAUCUGAUCAGGCAAAGGACAAGAGCUGUACUCUUCACUUCUCCUCUUUCCUUUCUUUCCACCUGGAUAUAUUUGUCUGCUCCGAAGCCGCCUUCAUUACCCACUGACAAGAGCUCGUAUUUAUUUGCUUAUAAACCUGUUACAAUAAAUGAUUAUUCGAACAGCGUCAUUCCUACCUUAAUGACGAGCGCUACUUUUUGAUGAAUGACAUUUCGGACUAGAAGGGAUGUAUGGGUCAUUUUGACCAGUCAUUCCCUCGCUUUGGCAUCCCACAAUUUUUACGCCUCCCUCAAAAAGAGAUAAUAAUAUUUAGAGCCGCUCGCUGGGGCUGAAUGUGAAUUAGCCCCUGCAGCAGCUCAUCAUUAGGAAAGGACCAGCCUUGCAACUUUGACAUUUUUUAUAAAGCUGAGAUGAUGGAAAGAAUAAGAAAAGAGAUGAUUCUGAUGGAAAGAGGGUUGCACAGCCCUACAGCUGGCAAAAGGUUUUCGAAUUUGUCCGACUCAGCUGGAAAUGCGGUGCUGGAGGCCCUCGAAAAUUCGCAGCACGGUGGUCGCCUCAGCCCGAGACUGACUUCCGCCUCCCUGCAUAGCGCUAUAGGGGACAUCCCUGCCAAAGGGAAAUUCGAAAUAGACACUUUAUUCAACCUGCAACACCAGACCAGCGAAAGCACGGUCUCCUCGGAAAUCCCUCCGGCAGAGAGUAGGAAGAAAACGGGACAUUAUUCCGAAGUUGCUCCAGAGGCAGAUAUGAACAGUGAUGUGGAGGUGGGCUGCUCCGCUCUCCGCUCUCCAGCCAGCCUCAGUGCCUCUCAGUUGAAGGAAAACAAUAACAAAGGAUAUUCGGAGAGCAGCUCAGCUGCUACUACCACCCCUUCUUCCUCAGGUCCUGGCUUAACCAACCUGCACAGCAGUAAUGCCCUUGGUAGUUCGGGCUCCGGGGCCGAUCAGGUGAGACGCUACCGCACCGCCUUCACCAGGGAGCAGAUUGCCCGGUUGGAGAAGGAGUUUUACCGCGAGAACUAUGUCUCUCGGCCCAGAAGGUGCGAAUUGGCCGCUGCGCUCAACCUGCCGGAAACCACCAUCAAGGUGUGGUUCCAGAACCGAAGGAUGAAGGACAAGAGACAGCGCCUGGCCAUGUCGUGGCCCCACCCGGCCGACCCCAGCUUCUACACUUAUAUGAUGACGCACGCGGCUGCCACCGGAAGCCUGCCCUAUCCCUUCCAUUCGCACGUGCCACUCCACUACUACCCUCACGUGGGUGUCACAGCCGCAGCCGCGGCGGCCGCGGCCUCCGGAGCCGCGGCAGCGGCCUCCUCACCUUUCGCCACCUCCAUCCGCCCCCUGGACACCUUCCGUGCUCUCUCGCACCCUUAUUCACGGCCCGAGCUGCUCUGCAGCUUCCGCCAUCCAGGCCUUUACCAGUCUCCGGCUGCUGCCGCCGGGCUCAACAGCGCGGCCUCGGCUGCAGCGGCAGCGGCCGCGGCGGCUGCUGCGGCCUCUUCCGCGGCGGCCGCCGGGGCGCCCCCCAGCGGCGGUUCCGCGCCCUGUUCUUGCCUGAGCUGCCACAGCAGCCAAUCGGCGGCCGCAGCUGCUGCGGCGGCGGCCGCGGCCCUGGGCUCCCGGGGAGGCGGUGGAGGGGGCGGCGGGAGCGGCUCGGACUUCGCUUGCAGCGCCGCCUCGCAGAGGUCCGAGAGUAGCUUUCUGCCCUAUUCGGCCGCAGUGCUCAGCAAGACCGCGGUCAGCCCCCCGGACCAGAGGGAGGAGGCCCCGCUCACUAGAUAACUAAACUAGCUGGCUGCGUAGCCUGGGGAGGGACUCCGAACUCCCAGAUGCCCACACCUCUUCCUACCCCAUGCUUGAGGCCGCCGCUAGGGGGAGGUCGAGGGGAGGCGGGGGAAAGGAAAAGUAGAAAAGAGGUGGGGUGGGGCAAGAGCCGCGACUCGGUUUCAAAAAAAUUCUUUCUAUUUUUUUAUUCUCAGCUCGCCCUCUCCCUUUUUUCUUCCCUUCCCCCAUGCCCUCCUCCACACACAUGUAAUGAACUGUAGGCUCGACGGCAGAAAUGCGACCUAAACUGAGUUAUUAGUGACUUGUAGCCCAUGCUUGUGUUGAUCUUGAGCAUAUAAUGAUGAGCAUAGGUGGCCCAGAAGCAAAGAGGAAUAACAAAGAAAAGGGAAUUAGGGUAUUCUUUAUCUUACUGGGUUAUUGGGAUGGGAGGAGGGAAGGAGAGAGAGAGAGAGAGAGAGAGAGAGAGAGAGAGAGAGAGAGAGAGAGAGAGAGAGAGAGAGAGACAGAGACAGAGAGAGACAGAGAGAGACAGAGAGACAGAGACAGAGAUUCAGCUCGUGGUCUUGUUUUCGGUUGUUGUAGUUUGUUUCGGGUUGGGGCAACGGUUACGAUUUUUCUUUUAAUUUGGGCUUCUUGGGGGAGGGUCAGCCCUUCGUCUUAAGUCCAGGAAGAGAAAGAGAGGCAAAGGAGAGGAGGCUUGGAAAAAGAUUGCGAAAGUGGAAGUGGAGGCUGCACUAGCGCCAGUGUUUGUGAAUGUGUUUACCUGUUUAUGGGGUCCGUAGAGAGGACAGAGAAAGAGGGAUGUAGAAGAUAUGGGUGCAUUUCUACCGCCUUGGCAAAGCAAGACGAAAAUGGAGAAGAUUGGUACCAGCGGACCUCUUCCCCUCUCCCCCUAAUUCUCUUUCUUUCCAAUCUUUAGUUUCAGUCCCAAUGAAUUGAAAAUGUCUUGCAUAUUUUAUGCAAAAGAGUGGUAUCUAAUGAGGUAGCUGCGGAUGGGCCAGUAAAAUGUGGGAAAGUGAGAGAUUGACAGGUUACUAUAGGAUCUUAAGAGGCAUAUUAAAGCCCAGCUUUCUAACACCAUAUUCUAUCUAUCUGGGAAAUACUUGAAUCUCUGGGUAUAUAUUAUCCUGAAGCAUUUACGUUAUAGACACUUUUUGAAGUUUGAAUUUUUGCCCCUAACCCCCACCCCCUUUUUUCCUUUUCUCCCUUUCCCCUCCCCCUUGGCUCUUAGCAUUAUUUCUUACGCAUGUCUAUUGAGCCUUUGCCUCUGAAAAGCCACCACUGGGUAACUGAGACCUGCUAUACCAAACCUACUGCUACUGGAGGGACUUCCUUGAACUUGAAGAAAGGCACAUCAAAAACCACCAGUGUUACUGCCAUGUCAAUUUUGAUGCUAAUAAUGUGCAGAUUAUGACGAAAAUUGCCAAUCAUGUUCUCUGAUGGACCUCCUUUGAAUGUGGAAUUGGAAAAAAAGUUCCCCGCACAGAGACCUGCUGUCAAGUACUAACAACCCGCUAAGGGAAGUCAUUAGAAGAGACAGAUAAGAGACUCGGUACAUAAAACAUUGUUCUUGGUGCAUAGAAUGUAUGUUAUUUAAUGUUAUCUCUGUUACCUGAAGUGAUUUUGCAGAAGAAAGCCACGUUCUUAUCAUCUCAAUUGCCAAUUUUCAUUUUGGUAACUUGGACGCCCUGGGUAGACUUUUCUCUGUUAAGUUGAUAUUCCACCAAUGUGAACAGCCUCAUUAAAUCAAACCCAGAUAUUUCCAUAAUGCUCCCUACAGAGCCACUUCACUCUUCACAUAAUGAGAUUUUCUGAAGAGUUGAAGCCCUCAAAUAACUUGCUAUUGCAUGUUUAGGCCCAGAGAGUGGGUUAUGUGUGUGUAUAUCGAUAUGUAGGCAGAAAUAUAUAUAUAUACAUACAUACAUUUAUAUAUAUGAUCUUUCCCUUAAAUAUAUACAUAUAUAAGAGAGAGAGAGCUACACACACAUAUCGAUAUACACACACAUUGGCACAAUUUUUUCAUAAUUUAUUUAAAACGAGUGUCCUGAAAGACCUAUUUUGAAGACACUGGAUUUUUUCCUUUCAUAUGCUAAUAAUGGACUUUCGGGCAAACUGUUUCGAAACGAUUUACUUUUUCAGUAAAAAAACAAAUUGUAUUUUUUUUUGUCAGAUGGAAAAGAUUUCUGAAAAGAAAAAAAGAUACGUCAAAACUCCUGGGAUGUAUUCUUGGGAAAUAUGUUCAUAAAAUGUUUAAAGAACUUUUCGAUUUAAACAGCAAUUACCUAAUGCGCAUAAUUUUCAUUCUGUAAAAAAAAAAAAUAGCAAGACAAGACUACUUAUGUAAAAAUAUUGAUUAUACCAGCUCUUAAUCACUGAGUUUACAUUUAAAAUUUUUAUUAAUAUAUAAUUUAAGGCUAAAGAAAAUAAACCAAAAUAUGGCACUCUUACCAGCUUUACCUUUUUAGAUUGUUAAAAUCAUUUGUUAAGAUCACUUAUUGGAUGUAUAUAAGAUAAUUUUGGCAAUAAUGUUUACAUUUUCCCAAAAUAUAUAUAAUGGAAUGAUCAAUGAGAACGCUGGUUGGUAAAAAUUAACAGAAAUUCAUUUUAUGUUGGGUCCGUUGGAUCUGGUUAUUAUAUUAAAAACUGUAAAUAAAGUCUUCGUGCUUUAAAUAUUGCUGGCUGUAUGAACUCACUGUAAAAUAUUUUACAAAUGUGCAAUAAUUAUAAAGCUUUGUAUAUUACGUUAUUUAUUGUGUUUGGUCAUGUAAAAUAAAUGUUAUUUAAAUCAAAGGACUUCAU